UUUUGCAGGGGUCAGCUUCUUGUUAAUGACGAAGUCCACCGACACCACAAAACACAACUAGAAUUUCUUCUCUCCUUCUUCACAUGCUUAUAUCAAUCAAUCAAUCAUUCCACCACUGAAAUCACAAAAAUUAAGCUCAAAUUCCUGCAGAAAUGGGGGAUUUCAGAUCCAAAUCGUACAAAAACGAGCAGCUCGACAGCUCCUACGGCUACUACGGCCCCAAUUUCGGCGACAGCAAUGCCAAUUUCAAGCCGAAUCCAAACCCUAGCGGGAUGCAGGAUCUGCGGUGCUACAGCGCGUCGUACGCCUCCUCCUCCAACGGCCAGCUCGACAUCGUCGUGGCCGGCGGCGGCGGCGGCGGAGGAGAGCAGUGGAAGUUCAAAAAGGGGAAGUCAACGAAUGCGGCGGAUGCGAGAAGCUGGACUCUGACUGAUCCGGAGCUGCAGAGGAAGAAGAGAGUUGCGAGCUACAAGGCUUACACGGUCGAGGGGAAAGUGAAGGGAUCGUUUAAGAAGAGCUUUAGGUGGAUCAAGGAGAGGAAUGUUACCGCGCUUCCUAGUUGGCGUUGCUUGUGUCGUCUUCUGGUUUUGUAGUUGAAGCCGUUGAUUUUGAGGAGAUGCUAGUGAUAAUGACCCCCUUCUCUAGGGAAAGUUAGCAUCUUUUUCAAGUGUAGUAUCAGAAUUCUUUACUGAAAAUAUGUUUUAGACUUUUAGUUCUUUGUCCAAGAUAGCUCAUUUCUUGGAUUUCUUUUUUAUGUUUUCCUUCUACUUGAAGUAGCAUGAAGAGUUUACCUCUUCUCCUUCACCAGAUCAGAACUAUUAUCGUUUUCUGAAAUAGGAUUGUCGUCGCGCUUCCUAGU